AUGGAUGCCGAGAGUCUGGCCGAUCUGCUGAAACCAUCCUCAUUGAACUGGGCCGAGGAUGUGGAAGAUGCGUUUGGUGCCCUUAACUCCGUACCUGAACCCAAUACCCACCCUAUCACUCGAGCCAUUGCCCAAGCUAUUGCUGAGCAUGAAGGUAAUAAUGCCACGAGCAUAUUUCUUUGCCGACAAAUCUCUAUGUUUGAGCCUUCCCUCCCACCGAUUGAGGAGGAAGGGGACUACGCUUUUUCUCAAACAUCCUCAAGUCACAGCUUGGUGAACGUUUUCGUGAAAACUGACAACUCAGAGAGUUUCUUCCGCUCUCCUGGAAAGCCGAGAAGAACAACUAGUAUUCGGGCCUUGAGGGUCGACGCGUCGAGGACUGACACAAUUCCCGCUCGAAAAGGGAGUAACUCGUCUAUGACGCAGUUAAGCACAAACAGAGUUAGUCCACUCAGCAGCUUCACAACCUCUGACCCCGAAACCUCUUACAAGCAUGCCGACGUUUCCCAGCUACUGAUUCGGAGGAAGAGAGACAAGUGGAGAAACAUUGUUAAGAAAGUCUGGAGGAAGAUUGAGAACCUACGGGGUGGAAGUUGGAAUUAUGUUCGGCAGAGUGGUUGGCUUGAUUUAUCUCACGUUCCAUUGGCCUAA